GCACCUAUGACUUUAAAAAGGUUACCUGCCGGCUGUGGUUACGCACCCCACUAGGAGGCCAGUGAGCCAGGGUUUCUUUACAGUUGUUAAAGAGAAUCAGUAAGAUUGCACCGAAAACGCACAUUAACGUCCACAUGAACAGUCGUGCUGUGGCGCAGAAAGUGGGUGGGUGACAAAAAAAGACGGGCUCCAGGAAACCUGUUAGCUUCCAGCUCAUCAACAGCAAAGAGUCCUGGGUGCAAGGAAAUCCACGCUUGCUAUGCAGCGUCUGUUUUCACGACCUCUCUUCCUGCUUAACACGCAGUGGAAACUCUAAUAACAAUAAGGAACGCGAUGCGCUUCUGAUGUUGCCGGAUUUUAUUUUAAACCAGAGCAGGUUUUAACUUUGGAGGAAGUCAUGGGUCGGCGGCGAUGCAGAAGAAAAUGAUUCAGGAUUAAAGAGCGCUCCUUUUCUCUCUCCUUUCUUUUUAAACAAUAAACAAGAUAAAUGCAUGUUUUAACACUGUGAAGACUCCAAUCGCUGACCUAGCACGAGCGAAGAGCCCCAGAGUAUGGCUUCGAAGGAGAGGUUGUACGAGCUGUGGAUGUUGUACUUCACCAAGAAAGAUGUGGGCUACCUGCAGCAGUGGCUGGAGACGUUCGUCAUGUCCUUCGAGAAGAUCAUCGACGUGCAGACGCUGGAGCCCCGCCGGUCAGUUCCCCCUCCCUCCCGCGACCCGACGAGGGCCAUGCCCUUCCCACACUCCACCCAGACCCCCGGGGCGUCUGACGCCUCUAGUCCGCUCACCCAGACAGGAGAGAGAGGACACCCAGACAGGAGAGAGAGGACGGUCUUGAACAUGGAGAACAUUGACCCGGACAGGACACCUGGAUUCGUAUUCGAGACCAUCAAACUGCUUUCAUUCUGCCUGGCUAAGCUGAAAGAGGAGCCGAGAGACGAUGAGCAGCUGGAGACGGUGGUGCUGUAUGGCCUGCUGCUGCUGGAGAGCCUCUUCGACCCGUACCAGACCUGGAGGAGACAGCUGGCCGGGGAGGAAGUAAGCCUGCUGGAGAGAAGCAAGUACAAGUUCUCCCCCAUCGCUCUGCCAGAGGAGCUCCCAGCCUUCUUCCACGAAAGCCUGCAGGACAGCGAGAGGCUCCCAGAGCUGCCCAGGCUGCGAUUGGUCCAUCUGCAGGGUGCGGUUAUCAGUGGCAGCAAGAAGAAUGGCUUGGCUGCCAUCAUGCCCAUGGCAGUAAGCGACCUCAUGAAUGUGCUCAGCUCCUGGUGUUACCAUGGCACGCCUGAGCCCAAGGACCCCCGGCUUCUACGGCUGACCCUGAAGUGCCUGACGACAAUGAUCCACCUCCUGCACGCUAGCAGCCUGGACCAGCGGCAGGUGGACAUUAGGAGUGUCCUGGACAACUACUUCCGUGCCCUGAACUGGGAUCGCUUGCCAAACAGCCAGGAAGGAGAGGAGAGGUGCCGCUGGGAGGAUAACCUCGUCACCCUCCGCACACACAUGCUCAAUGCUAUCCCUGACAUGCUGAAUUGUGCUGACCGUCCCGUGCUCCAGGCCAUCUUCCUCAACAACAACUGCUUUGAGCAUAUCCUGCGCCUCAUCCAGAACAGCAAGCUCUAUCAGAGCAGUGGGUGUAGGCCAGACUGCGAGGGCACGUAUGACCUCACCACACGGUUACUAACCGAGCUUGAUGUGGAACAGGUUUGGGAAAAAGGCUCAGAUUCCAUCACAGUCCAUGCGCUGGGGGUUCUCACUGCCAUCAUGAGCAACUCGCCCUCUGCCAAGGAGGUUUUCAAAGAAAGGAUUGGCUACUCUCACCUGUUUGAUGUGCUGAAGAGCCAGGGCCAGCCAACCAAGCGACUUCUACAGGAGCUGAUGAACAUGGCAGUUGAAGGGGAUUACUCACAGGCAGUGACGCUGGGGAUCAGUAAUGACCAGCCCCUGCUGCUUCUGCUCCAGUGGAUUCCUGACCUGGCCUCCCGCAACCUGCAGCUGCUGGUGUCUCAGUGGCUUGCGGGGGUGUGUGGGGGGUCCCUGCCCUGCCGCACCACUGCGGUGGAGGCCGGGAUGGUGUGGGCUCUGCUGGAGGUGCUGGCCCAGCUGGAGCAUCUGGACAGACAGUGUGCCGAGGCCUUGCUGGGGCUCCUGCAGUCGCUGGGCUCCCUCUCCCUGCGCCCCAACGAGUUCAAGAGCCUGCUACGACUCCUGCGGGUGGACCAGGCCAAUUCGGGGGCCGUGCACCCCUACUGCGGGCACGUGGUGAGGGCGCUGUCCGCCAUGGCAGCUCGCGAGGGCCGGGACAGUGCCCUACAGUAUUUUGACCUCACUCCCAGCAUGGCUGGCAUCAUGGUGCCCACUAUCCAGCGCUGGCCAGGAAGCGGGUUCGCCUUCCAUGCCUGGCUGUGCCUCAAUGCUGAGAGCCAUGACCUCACUCCCACAACCCCCACUUCGCCCUCCACCCCCACCCAGCGCCUGGGCAAGGGCCCGCGCAGGAAACAGCUGUACAGUUUCUUCACGGCAAGUGGCACAGGGUUCGAGGCUUUCUUCACCUCAGAGGGGAUGCUAGUGGUGGCGGUGUGCACCAAGAAAGACUACAUGGCCGUGACGCUGUCUGACUGUCCACUGACAGACUGCGCCUGGCACUCAGUGGAUGUGGUUCAUAUUCCCGGGCGGCGGCCCUUUGGUCAGAACCUGGUCAGUAUCUACGUGGAUGGCUGCCUGCGCAAAACCGCCCAACUGCGCUUUCCCUCGCUCAACGAGCCCUUCACCUCCUGCUGCAUCGGCUCAGCAGGACACCGGACCACCACGACCACCUCGCCCACCACACCCCUGCCCCCCCACUCCCCGGCCGAGCCCGCCUUCCCCCCCAACAUCCCCCCCCUCACCCGCUCCCAAUCCUUCCCGGCCUCUUUCGCCACCAUGCAGUGGGGCGGCCCUGCCCCCCCCGCCUCCCGGGACGCCCAGGUGCAUAGCAUCCCUGCCGGGCUGCAGGACACAGAGUGGGGCUCUCCCACCUCGCUGGAAGGACUUCUGGGGACCGCCUUCAUCUGCCAUGAGGCCCUGCAGGCCGCACAGGCCCGCGCCCUGUAUGCAGCAGGGCCCAACAGUGUGUCCCUCUUCAAACCGGAUGGGGAGCUCUCCGACCUCAAUAGCAAGCUGCUGCUAUACUACACACCAAAGGCCUUUAAAAACCAGAUUUGCCUGGACUUGUCUCCUGCCCACCAAUAUGAUGGACGGCUCACUGGACACAGGGUGGUCAACUGGGAUGUGAAGGAUGUGGUAAACUCAGUGGGGGGGAUGGGGGUGCUCCUUCCCCUGCUGGAACAGGUGUGCGCGCUGGGGGAGGCCGGGAGAGAAGAGCAGGAGACCUCUGACCUGCUAGGACCAGAGCUCACCUCCUCCCGUGGGCCUGCUGGCAUGCUGCUGCCCCUGGGCAAGUCCUCAGAGGGUCGCCUGGAGAGGAACAACGUGGCCGCUUUCUUGCUCAUGGUGAAGAAUUUUGUUUGCCAUCACCCCGUCAACCAGGACAGCCUGUUGCAGUGCCACGGCCCUGCCAUCAUCGCUGCCAUGCUCACCAAGGUGCCCAGCUCCCUGAUGGAUAUGAGUGUGUUGAUGGCCUCCCAGAUCCUGCUAAAGCAGGUAUCCAGCGAGGGGAACAGCGCCCUCCUGACCAGCCUGUACCAACAUCUGCUGUUCGACUUCCGAAUCUGGAGCAGCAGCCACUUCGCUGUGCGAAUAGGACACGUCCAGUACCUGUCUUCCGUGAUCAGCGAAGGCAGGCAGCGUUUCCGCAGGAAGUACGGAGUGCAGUACACCCUGGACUCCAUCAGGACGCACUACGGAUUUACAGAGGUGAUCAGCGUGUUGGACAUGCUGUACAGCCUCCUGCGCUCCUCCCCGCCCCGGGACCAGCUGCUGGCUGUGCUGCUGGAUUCGGGGGUGGAACCACUCUACUGUCUGCUGCUCAACGGCGCCUUCGGAGACGGCGUGAGGGAGAGAGUCUUCCGGAUCCUGUAUAAGAUGCUGAAGUAUGAGCGUGUGUCUGAGCGCGGCAAACACCGCUUGAAGCUGAGGGACUGUGGGUACUUGGGUCUGGUCUGCAGCCUGGGUGACAUCCCCGUCACCUUGACAACCAUCCGUUGCCUCUAUGAGCAAGUUCUCGCUACAGACUCCACUCCUAACUUCAGGGACCUGUUGGCCGUGGCGUAUCUCUCUCACCGGGCUGACCUGGCUGUGCGCCUUGACGUCUGCCGCAAGCUGUUUCACCUCAUCUACUCCAGCGAGGACAACGUCAAGCAGCUGGCACGCCAGCCCGGCUGGCAGGACGUGCUCACCAAGCUCUACGUCAAGGAGUCCUACGAGUCCCGCGCUGCCAGCCAGUCCGGGCUGAGCCCGGCCUCGUCGCUGGAGACGGCCCAGCCCAGCCUGCUGAGGCAGGACAGCAUGGUGCUGGAAGAGCCGGCACAUGAGGUCUUCCUGCCAUACGAGCUGAGGGUGGAAGAGGAGGAGGAAGAGGACCCGCCGGAUGUGUCUGUCUCAGAGGGGUUCUCUGACCUCUCGCUGUCUCCCGUUGGUGGCAGCCAGCUCAAGAACUUUGGAAACUCGCUCAACUUCAAGUCUUUUGACUCGGCAGAGUUGGCCAGCCAGUCGUCCUCCAUUUCCAAUACUGUGGACAUACCAGGCCACCGGGCAGAUGAGGAACAGGGCCUUUACCACCCCCUUUCCCCCUUUAGUGGCUCACCCUUCGACCUAGGGCUGGAGCUAGGAGGGGGUGCAGGUGGGGGAGGCACUGGAUCACAAACCCCAGUAAGCCAAGCUGACACCCCCUCCCCUCUCGAUAACUGCAAGCCCUUCCCUGGUCUUCGCGCCCGAAAGAGCUCCAGCCUUUCCAACAUUCUGGAUGAUGGCAGCUAUGGCACAGAGGUCCCACCUGGGGACAAUACCUCUAACACCUCUAACCCACAGCAAACCCCAGAGGAGGAACUGUGUAACCUACUGACGAAUAUCGUGUUCUCCGUGAUGUGGAGUGGGGCAGAGGGCAGCGAGGACGCUGUGUGGCGCGAGAGGGGGCAGGUCUUCUCCGUGCUGACCAAGCUUGGUUCCUCCUGUCAGCUGGUGCGCCCACCAGAUGACAUCAAGCGCAGUUUGUUGGAGAUGAUGCUGGAGUCAUCCCUCACUGACCUGAGGGACAGCGUGGGCACCUCGCCAACUGGACACUGCCUUUCCAUCGUGCGCCUCCUGCGUCUGCUGCAGGACUUCCUGUUUGCAGAGGGCACGGACAACCAGGCGCUGUGGAGCGAGAAGAUCUUUGAAGGAGUGGUGAACCUCAUGGACCGACUGCAGGCCUGGUACGGCUCCCCGGGGCCGCCAGAGCUGCGGGAGAUGGCUCAGAUUGGUCUCCGCAUCAUCACCGGAUACAUCCAGCAGCAGCACUCCCAGGUGUUUGCUAUGGCCUGCGUGAAAUUGCACAGCUUGCUGCAGACAGUGCUUUGCCUGGUCUGGGAGGAAGUGUGCUUCCUGCUGGGACGCCUCGGGGCCCCCUUGUUGCAGGCCCUGGAGGAGGGCGGGCGAGCAGAGGCGUUCUCGCAGCUCGUGCCCAUCAUGCGGACACUGCUGGACCAGCACGCUGACCCAUCCGCCCUGCAUGCCCUACUACCCUCCCUGCCCCCCACCAACGGCAGCGCCACCUUCACUCAGGACCUGCAGCAAUACAUCUGCACCCAGGAAUGGAAGGACUUCAGCACGCACCAUGUGCAGCCCACCAUGCAGCAGUAUGAGCUAGACACCUUUGGGAAGAGUCACGACCUCAUGUCUAAUUUCUGGAACUCCUGCUAUGAUGCUCUAAUGAGCACGGCCCAGCGCCGGGACAAAGACCGUGCACACAGCAAGGCCAGAUUCCAGGAGGUGAUAGUGGAGCCCUGCCUGCGCCGCGUGCGCAGUGAGAACACCCGAUAUUACAGCGCGUUGAAACAGGCGGCCAGCCAGCAGGCUGCCGUGCUGCGUCAGUGGAAGGCCCUGCGCAGACAGCUGACCAGCGAGAGGGGCGCCUGGGCACUGCGGAUCCAGCCGGAGGUGCACUGGAAGCUGUCCAGCGCGGAGACGUACUCCAAGAUGCGUCUGAAGCUGGUUCCCACCUACAACUUUGACUCGCACAGAGAGGCCAGCGCUCUGAGAGACAACAUGGGCACAGAUAACCGCAGCCUCGCGGAGCCGCUGCCACUUGCCGUAGCGAAGGAGGCGAAAGUCAGCGACAUGGAGGACGACCAGCUGGGCGACGAGGACCUGGUCUACCUGGACAAUCAGACGGAGGUGGACGAAGAGAACCAGAAGGAGAAGUUGGUCCUGUCAGAAGAGUGCGAGCUCAUCACCAUCGUGGCCGUGAUCCAGGGUCGUCUGGAGGUCACCACGCACCACCUGUACUUCUACGACGGCACCAGUGAAAAGGAGGAGACAGAGGAGGGUAUUGGGUAUGAUUUCAAGCGUCCACUAUCCCAGCUGAGGGAGGUCCAUCUGCGACGUUACAACCUGCGGCGGUCCGCCCUGGAGCUGUUCUUUAAUGACCAGGCACACUACUUCAUCAACUUCAAGAAGAAGGUCCGUAACAAAGUGUAUUCUCGGAUCCUGGGACUGCGGCCCCCCAACCUCUUCUACUUUGGAUCCCGGUCUCCCCAGGAUCUGCUGAAGGCCUCGGGGCUAACACAGAAAUGGGUGUUCAGGGAGAUCUCCAACUUUGAGUACCUGAUGCAGCUCAAUACCAUUGCCGGCCGCACCUACAAUGACCUCUCGCAGUACCCUGUGUUCCCCUGGGUGCUGUGCGACUACACCUCCGAAACUCUGGACCUCGAUGACCCGGCUGUGUUCAGGGACCUGUCCAAACCCAUCGGCGUCGUCAACCCCCGGCACGCACAGGAAGUCCGAGAGAAGUAUGAGAGCUUUGAGGACUCUACAGGCACUAUUGAUAAGUUCCACUAUGGUACACACUACUCCAAUGCUGCCGGCGUCAUGCACUAUAUGAUCAGGACUGAGCCCUUCACCACACUUCACAUCCAGCUACAGAGUGGCAGGUUUGACUGUGCGGACCGACAGUUCCACUCCGUCGCAGCUGCCUGGCAGGCGCGCAUGGAGAGCCCAGCAGACGUGAAGGAGUUAAUCCCCGAGUUUUUCUACUUCCCCGAGUUCUUGGAGAACAUGAACAGGUUUGACCUAGGCUGUUUGCAGAUGUCCCAGGACAAAGUUAGCGAUGUGGUGCUGCCCCGCUGGGCUGAGUCCCGGGAGGACUUCAUCAGGAAACACAGGAAGGCUUUGGAGUCGGAGCACGUGUCCGCGCACCUGCACGAGUGGAUCGACCUCAUCUUCGGGUACAAGCAGAGGGGGCCUGAGGCUGUGGAGGCCCUCAACGUCUUCUACUACUGCACCUAUGAAGGGGCCGUGGACCUCGACGCCAUCGCGAACGAGACGGAGCGGAAGGCGCUGGAAGGGAUCAUCAGCAACUUCGGACAGACUCCCUGCCAACUGCUCAAGGAGCCCCACCCCCCCCGCAUGUCCGCGCAGAGCGCCUCCCGGCGACAGGCCCGAUUGGAUACCCUGCCUCCCAACCUGUUCGAGCACCUGGGAAAACUCAAAGCCUUCGUGGAGGUGGUUAGUGAUGGUGUGCCAUUAGUGCAGGCAGUGGUGCCUCGGAACCACACUCGUUCCUUCAUCACACAGGGCUGCGACCUGUUGGUGACGGUCAGUGCCAGCGGGCUGUUGGGCAUUCACAGCUGGCUUCCCUAUGACAAGAACAUCGCCAACUACUUCACCUUCACCAAAGACCCCACAGUCUCAAACCCCAAGACUCAGAGGAUCCUAGCGGGGCCGUUCUCCCCCGGGGUACAGCUGGGGUCCCGGGUGCUGGUGGUGUCGAACGAUGCCCGGCUCCUGUUCAGUGGGGGUCACUGGGACUGCAGCCUGAGGGUCACUGCGCUGACCAAGGGCAAACUGGUCGGCCGGAUUUGCAGGCACAUCGAUGUGGUGACUUGUCUGGCCCUGGACCUGUGUGGUAUCUACCUCAUCUCCGGCUCUCGGGACACUUCCUGCAUUGUGUGGCAGGUCCUGCAGCAGGGUGGGUUCUCCAGUGGCCUGGCACCACGACCAGUUCAGGUCCUCAGCGGUCAUGACCAGGAAGUCACCUGUGUGGCCAUCAGCACCGAACUUGACAUGGCUGUCUCGGGGUCAAAGGACGGCACUGUGAUCGUGCACACCGUGCGGCGCGGUCAGCUGCUACGCACCCUGCGCCCGCCCUGUGAGAGCUGCUCGGCAGCCAGUGUGACAGAGCUGGCGGUGAGCAUGGAAGGCCAUAUCGUCACCCAGACGGUCAUCGAGGGACGGUCGCCGCACAAGGAUAAGUACACACUCCACCUAUACUCAAUAAACGGGAAGCAGCUGGCAUCAGUGACACUAGAGGAGCAGGUGACGGCCCUGUACUUGGUGCCUGACUUUGCCAUCCUGGGCACUGCAGAAGGCAAUCUACACAUUCGGGAGCUGUACAGCCUGCAGCUCGCCGUCUCUCCCCUGGCACUGAAGCUACCAGUCCGAAGCAUCUCGGUGACCAAGGAAUGCAGCCACAUCCUGGCGGGCCUGGAAGAUGGCAAACUCAUUGUAGUGGGCGCAGGACAGCCCGCUGAGGUGCGGUCAGGGCAGUUCUCUCGCCGGCUGUGGGGCUCCACUCGCCGAAUCUCCCAGGUGUCGUCGGGGGAGACCGAGUACAACCCCCAGGAGGCUGCUGGGAAGUAGAUAACGGGGUGACACCUGGGACUAGCCGGCAAGGGUGAAGACGGGAGGAGACAAUGAAUGGCGACACAAGAAGGAAGAUGGUCAAGUCAGUCUUGGGUUGGGAACAGAAACGCAGCACCCAAACAUGAAACCGCGGGAACAGCCUUGCCCCCCGGCCCACUGCAAGGCUGGCUUUGCAGCGGCCCCCAUCCACACGAACUGUAACCCUCUUGUCACAGGGGUGAGGGGGCAGUGGGAUGGUUUUCCGAAGCUGCGUUCAUUUCCACAUGAGGAAGAGGAAAACAAACGUCUUAUUUAUUUUGAAGUUGUUUGAUUUGCCUUUUUUCCCAAAACAAAAAUUCCAAAGAUACUCAUGGCACUCAGAAGAUGGCUCAUUGUUGAGACUGUCUCUGAAACAGGAUCUGCCAUGUGGGUGUGUGCUCCCUGCCUCUGCUGGGUUAGGCUGAGGCUCCGCUGCAUUGCAGAGUACAGAGUCUACCAAGUCUACACAAAGGCCCACUGACUCGGUGGACAGCAGUAUAUAGCGGAGCUGGUUAGGAGCAAGAUGAACUUGACAGGUCCCGGUAGUGUUCACUUCACCUGCUUUUAGAUGGAUUGACGGUUUGAGGGUUUUAGCCCAGGAAUGCUGCACUGCUGUUUGUCUUGUGCCGAACGCCUAAGCUGCAUCAGGCUUGAAAAACCACAGAAGAGGGGCAGCUCCAGAAAGGACUCUGUGUGUCCGCACUGCCCCCUGGUGGUGUCUACACAACAUGCGCUGCCCCUCAAUGAUGAGUGAACCACUUGUUUUUCAGUGCAGGCUGUCCUUCUUUUCUAUUGAUAUACGUGUUGGGUUGCUCUUUCUCUGGAGUCGCAGAGCACCAAAAUUGUGCACUUUAUAUCACUUACUAUACAGAACAAAUCAGUUGUUAAGAGCAUGGCUAUUCAAACUGUGGUCAUGUGAUCAGUAUCACUGCUCCAGCCAGCUCCUUCAUUGCACAACAGGUUAUAACCUCAA